AUGGUGGCUGGAAGUACAGCAGUGGAAAUAGUGAGUGCAGUGGAGGCCAAGAGGCUGUGGAAUGCAGUAGUGAAGAAUGCACAGACCCUCUUCCCAAAGGCUGCCCCACAAGUGUUUUCAAGCAUCACCACUCUUAGUGGCAAUGGAGGAGUUGGCACCAUCAACCAAGUAAACUUUACCCCUGGGAACAAUGAGUUUAGCUUUGUGAAAGAGAGAGUGGAUGAAAUGGAUGAAGACAAGAUGGUUUACACAGUGAGUCAGCUUGAGGGAGGAAUGGUGGGCAAGACAUUCUGCUCUGUGAAAUCUGAGCUCAAAUUCAGGGCUAACACAGAGGGAGGAUGUGUGAUUACAUGGACAAGUUACUUUGACACCCUUCCUUCUGUCAAUCCUGAUCAGACUAAAGCUGAGAAGGUUAAGACCUCCAUUGUAGCAUUGUUCAAGAAGGUUGAUGAAUACCUUGUCUCUAAUCCCACCUUAUAUUCUUAG